GAGAAGCAGCCCAGUGCCCGCAGAUGGGCUGCCAAUGUGCGAGUGGGAGAUUCCUGGACGGCUUCUGACGCCACCGAUGAGUGAGUGGUGUGCGAGUGUGCGAGAGGUUCAUAUCUGCUUCGCGUUUAUCGCGUAGAGUUGAAAGAUCGAUCCUCCAUUAACUCGCGGCGAAUGGAAAUGGAAGAAAUCGGUGGCUUCUGUGGAACAGAAGGGCCUCAUUGUGCAUACCCCUCACUGUUUGUGAUUGACAAUUCCUCUCGAUCCUGCUGCGAGAGCUCCCUUGGUAGCGAAGUCUCUGUGUGUUUUGCAAAUCUCUGGUCAUUUAUGCGCAGUUUCUCAGGACAAAUUCAAGGCCGUGUCAGGACCCAUGUGACCGAAGACCUGAGAAUACUGAAGCACGCUGACAAUGGAAGACUUGUGGCAGCUGUAAAACUCUCAUCUCCUGCUGCAAAUGUCUUUCAUGCUCUACCCUGAAGCUUCGCUCUUCCCUGUGAGUGAGCUUUGAUUGCCCUUUCUGAGACCAGAGACACCAUGAUGUAGUAAGAUUGCUGUUUUCGAGAAACUGCGGUGGCAGCGAUUUCCGA